GAUAUAAAUGCAUACUUUGUUUAACAAAUAUUAGUAUAUUUGUGCUGCAGUCCAUCAUUAACUUAAACCACCACUGCACUCGUAAAAUACACCAUAGGGUCGAAGCAGACAGAUUACCUGUGGCAUUAUUAUCCCCUCUCAGCAGAACAGAGUCGACUCUUUGUGACAGGUCAAGGCUUGUGAACUGGAAUAAACGGUGGCGCAGUUUACAUGUAACAAUGAGGAGCUGGAAGAACCAUGUGCGAUCUCAACUUCUUCACAGAGACGAUAAAGAAAAACUACCAUAUGUUGGCGUUUUCAAUAGAUUCUCUCAGCUGGCGGACCAGUUUGAAAUUCGCACACGGAUUUUGGAGGAUAUUCAAUGUAAAAGUUUGGAACGAGCAGGAGUAGAAGUUGACAUUAACACCAAACUCCUUCAACUCCAGCUGAGAGAAAGCGAACACUUGGCAGACAACCUGUCUCAAACUGUCUCUGACGUGACCUCAGUCUUGUAUGUAAAAGAAGCUGAGGUCCAAUACUGGCAGUCACGCGUGUCACAACACCGCCAAGAGGCCCUUACUCUGGCUAUAGCGAAAAACAACUUAAAGGCUGCCCUUCUAGAUUUUGAGUUCACCAUGGAGUGUCAGUCCAAAGAGUUGGUGGCCCUGCGCUUGGAGCGGACCAAACUGAAGGAGGCACUGGAUCAGGCCCACAGAGACAAAGAGGAACUUGUGCAGCGAUGGAUUGAGGAAAAGAGUGCUGAAGCAGAUCGACUGAAUAAACACAAUGACUUAACGCAAAGGUGGCAACAUCUGGGCAAACAGCUGAAGAAGCACUUCCACGGGGAAAGAGGAAAACGCUUUACUCACUUACUGACAGACGCUACGGAUGGUGCGAGAGAAGCAUCUCAGUCAGUCAUUCAGGGAGUUCAAGACUCUAGACAGGAAGUUCAGAUAAAAACACCAUCUCUCCUUCAGAAAAAGUCUGGCAUCGCCCUGGAAUCUUAGGCAUCAUAGUAGAGACAUUUAUUAAUCUGUGUUUGUUUAAAUGAAGUCAUCGAUAACACAAAAUGGGACAAAAAAUGUCUGGUGUUUUGCUGUAUUUAAAUAUUAGCCAUGAGUUGUAAAAUGUGUUUGUUAAAAUAAAUACUUUGUAGUAUCCAAUUAUGAGCAGAUUCUCAGCUAAAUGUGUUUCAGCAUAAUCAUAAAAACACUUAAAAUGUUUAGUUGAAUCUGAGUUUUUGUUUUAAGAGGCAUUAGGUGAUACUUAUUUGUUUCCUUUUAGGACUCUUUGUAAAAGGUACCUUGCUUUGUAAACAGAAAAACUGUACCAGAUUUAAACUGAUUAUAUUCUGGUGGUUUUAUUUGUAAGCCGCAAUAAAAGUAAAGGAAUAUGGUA